UGCAUGUAUAAAUAUGUGAAACACCAACCCUAGUAGGCAUAUGUUUGAAGAAAAAAAACCCGAAAAGACCAAAAAAAAAUACCCUUCACUUUAAAGCAUUUUUAAAGGGUUCUCUUAGCAUUUAAAAAGAAAGAAAGAACGAAAGAUGUCUUGGGCAAUGAUGGGAGAACAGUUUGGUUGGGGUGUAAUUGAAGAAGAAGCGUGGAGGAAAGGUCCUUGGACUGCUGAAGAAGAUAGGCUUCUUACUGAAUAUGUUAGAUUACAUGGUGAAGGCAGAUGGAACUCUGUCGCUAGGCUUGCUGGGUUAAAAAGGAAUGGGAAGAGUUGCAGGCUAAGGUGGGUGAAUUAUUUAAGGCCAGACCUUAAAAGGGGCCAAAUAACCCCUCAUGAAGAGAGUAUAAUUCUUGAGCUACAUGCAAGAUGGGGAAACAGGUGGUCAACCAUUGCAAGAAGCUUACCAGGAAGAACUGACAAUGAGAUAAAGAACUAUUGGAGGACUCAUUUCAAGAAAAAGGCUAAACUAUCACCGGAUAACUCCGACCAGGCAAAAGCUCGAACACUUAAAAGGCAACAUUUUCAACAGCAACUUCUGCAACAAAAACAACAGCAGCAGUACUUACAGUUGAAUGAAUCCGACAUGAAAAGGAUGAUGUCUUUACUGGAAGAAACUGAACCCAAAGCUCCAUUUAUGCCACAGCUGCGACAAGAAAUGGGGGCGGCUACUUCAUGCCCCAACAUGGUGGAAGAACAAAGCUUGUUUUAUCCCAUGGGUAAUGGCAAUGAGACAUCGAACGAGGAUGUUGUUUGGGAUGGAUUAUGGAACUUGGAUGAUUAUCAAUGGAAGUUAUGGUGCAGUAAGCCAAGCUAAAGCUAGUGUGAGAAACGCCGUGGUUCCUACAAGAUUACCUAGUUUUUGUCAAAUAAGAAAGGGUCUUAAAUCUGAA